GUGGAGUUAUUGGCUUGCUGUACUUGCCUUUUCUUUUCUCUGAUAUCAGUCUUUAUUUUUAAAAGAUCUAGGAGAAGCAGAAGCGAGCCCGGAGUUUGAGGUGCUCGGCAGCAGUGAGUGAGUCAGCGGGUGCUAAGGUCUGGGACUCGGUCUUUGGAGACCGCCCCUCUCCUCGCUGCAGAGAAGCAGCCGGGGCUGCGGGGACUGAAGGUCCGCUCUUCCCCAGGCCAGGACCUCCGCAGCCGCGCAGCAGUUGGAUUCAGAUAAACGAAGUUCCAGGGCCACUUCGGUUUCAGCAAAUAUUUCAGACCCAUGCCACCUCGCCAGAGCAGCCGGCCAAGCUAAGAGUAUCUACCGGCCAGUAGCAGCGCCCAGAUGCCCAGGGUCCCUGCCUUUGAGCUUCGACAGCUGAACUACACUUAAUUACUCUUUUGGCAAAGAUUGGCAAUAGACUUGUGAAUUUCUAAUUUACGUGCGAAUGCACAGGAUGGAUCAGACCACGCAGAAAAGCGAACCCCUGUAAUCUCAGAGACUGCAUUCUCAGCAUGUCCCCUUGAACCUGGCUGCAAGCCUCUGGUAGGGAAAGUGUCCCCAGCAGCCCAGAGCGCCCCUGGCCAUGUCACCGUUAAUGCUCUGUGACUCAGUGUGGCCCUCUGAGGGUUCCCAGGGCUGCCCAGGGUGGUUUCCAACAGGUGUGUUCUCUCGCUCCCCCAGCCCAACCCAGCUGGCAGGAUUCCCCCAAGCUGAGGUUGUUUGACUUGGCUUCCUCACUUCCCCCACCCCACCCCCACUAGAGGGUGACUGUCCAGAGCCGGACCUUGCCCCCCUCCCUGGGACCAUGGUGCUUCUUGCUGAAAAUGUUUCCGAAGGCUCCAACUGCACCCACCCACCAGCACCAGUGAACAUUUCUAAGGCCAUUCUGCUCGGGGUGAUCUUAGGGGGACUCAUCAUAUUCGGGGUGUUGGGGAACAUCUUAGUGAUCCUCUCGGUGGCCUGUCAUCGGCAUCUGCACUCGGUGACUCACUACUACAUUGUCAACCUGGCGGUGGCAGACCUUCUCCUCACCUCCACAGUGCUGCCCUUCUCGGCUAUCUUUGAGAUCCUGGGCUACUGGGCCUUUGGCAGGGUCUUCUGCAACAUCUGGGCGGCGGUGGACGUCCUGUGUUGCACAGCAUCCAUCAUGGGCCUCUGCAUCAUCUCCAUCGACCGAUACAUUGGUGUGAGCUACCCGCUGCGCUAUCCCACCAUUGUCACUCAGAGGAGGGGCGUCAGGGCUCUGCUUUGUGUCUGGGCUCUUUCCCUGGUCAUCUCCAUCGGACCCUUGUUCGGCUGGAGGCAGCCUGCGCCUGAGGAUGAGACCAUCUGUCAGAUCAACGAGGAGCCCGGCUACGUGCUGUUCUCCGCGCUGGGCUCUUUCUACGUGCCGCUGGCCAUCAUCCUGGUUAUGUACUGUCGAGUCUACGUGGUGGCUAAGAGGGAAAGCCGGGGCCUCAAGUCCGGCCUCAAGACCGACAAGUCGGACUCGGAGCAAGUGACGCUCCGCAUCCACCGGAAAAAUGUCCCAGCAGGAGGCGGCGGGGUGCACAGUGCCAAGAAUAAGACUCACUUCUCCGUGAGGCUGCUCAAGUUUUCCCGAGAAAAGAAAGCGGCCAAGACUCUGGGCAUCGUGGUGGGCUGUUUCGUCCUCUGCUGGCUGCCUUUCUUCCUAGUGAUGCCCAUCGGUUCCUUCUUCCCUGAUUUCAAGCCCUCGGAAACCGUUUUCAAAAUAGUAUUUUGGCUUGGCUACCUAAACAGCUGCAUCAACCCCAUCAUAUACCCCUGCUCCAGCCAGGAGUUCAAGAAAGCCUUUCAGAAUGUGCUGAGAAUCCAGUGUCUCCGAAGACGGCAGUCUUCAAAGCACGCCCUGGGCUACACCCUGCACCCGCCCAGCCAGGCCGUGGAGGGACAGCAGAGAGACAUGGUUCGUAUCCCCGUGGGCUCAGGAGAGACUUUCUACAAGAUCUCCAAGACAGACGGAGUCUGUGAAUGGAAGUUUUUCUCUUCCAUGUCCCAGGGAUCGGCAAGGAUUACAAUGCCGAAGGACCAAUCUGCCUGUACCACAGCCAGGGGCUUUUAACCGUGAAACCACCUGUCCAUACACAGCUCCGAAAGAGCCCAGUUGGAACACAGCACCUGCUCUGGGCCUCCAAACUAUGCUGAGGAGCUGAGCUGAGGUCACAUCUUCCAAAAGCCGUGACAACAGUGGCCUCCAGCCCUCCAAGUUCCCUGCAAGAUGAAUGAGUGGACAUGACUGUUGUGGGGGCUGGGCCGGGAAGCGAGUUAGGAUUUUAGCAUAUGAAGCCAGUCCCUGGGCAAUGGUGCCAUGGAUGGGCUCUCAUUCAUGUUUCCCGGGCCCUAUGGCACAUGAGCGAGCUGAGAAAGAGCCUUGCCUGCUCUCUGCGGGAGAAUGUCAUGUCUCAGACUGCCACUGCUGAACCUCCAAAGGCUGUAGGGGUGGCAGGGAGCGUUGAAGGAGGAGACUGACCACAGCCGUGACUCAGAACAGGAAGGGUUAGUCAUGCUCUGCCGCAACUGACAGGAAAGAAACUGUCCUGAAACUGGUGGCUUAUUCACAAAGGGCAAAUAAUGACCUUUUCUCUCAUGUCGCUUGGGAGUUAUUGUCGUGCGGUCCCUGUCGCACACUCAAUGCAGUCACAUUAUAAGCUGGGUUUGAGGAUUGUUGAGCCAUAAACAAUACAGACUUAAUUAGGUGAGGGAAAAAUCUUAGCACAACUUAGCAUUGCGUUUAGAGAAAAAAAGAUGAGCAACCUGGUUUAUGAAUCAGGAUGAAUACAAUAAAUGUAUCUGAAGGUUGUAGAGAAGCAGCUAAGACAGAAAUUCCAACAUAAAUUUAGAGUUUACACACACACACAUGGAUAUAUGGAUAUGUGUAUUACCACAUACUUAUCAAACCUUUCUCAGGUCAUUCCAGUGUGGGAGAAGGAAAGGGAAGGAGCUUUUACCUACAUUUGGCAUGUGAAAAAAUAGAAGUCAGGAGUUAAGGACUUCUCUGAGCACCCUCAUAUCCAACUUUUCUCCAAGAAGCUUUCAUGUCCGCAGGUCCGCCAUGUAUUUUGGCUUUCUGCCUUCCAUAGCUCCCUUCUUCAGUUCCGGGUCAGAGCUCUAACUCUGACCGCACCUUCUCCCUGCCUGUCCUGGCCAGCGGUUGGGAAGAACUUGUAGUACAUGGUCACCCGUUCUUGUUCCCUUGGCUGACAGACAAGCACUUGUCAUUCUGUCCUUUCUCCACGGAUAAGCUGCUACCGGUCCAGGGAAAUAGCUAGGGGCAGAAGGAGAUUGCUCUGCUCAGUAGGGCGACGUGUCAGGCAAAGUCAGCUGUGACUGUCCCCCUAAGGUCCUCAGGAAUACAAAGGUCCCAAAGGGAACCUGUGGGUCAUUGGGCACACUCUGAUUAGCAGUCCCCGACGGCCACUCUCCACAGCACCACCCUGACAUGAAACCAACGCGAGGCACAGACAGUCCCCAGUGUGCGAGCUGGCAAGGUUCUGACAGUGUGUUCAGAAGUCAAGGAUGUGUUUAUCCAAGAGGCAUUGUUACAAAUGGGGAGGUGCUCCUAGUGGAACCAAAAAUAAAUAAAUAAACAUCUGUUUAAUGGAUACCAAGAGUUGGUAAGCUUUUUCUAUAAAUGUCUAGAUGGUAAACAUUUCAGGCAUGGUGGUUUAAGUUCUCAGUUUUGGCUCUUUAGUGGGAGCUAUGGACAGUCCUUUAAAAAUGUAGACCCAUUGUAGCUCAAGACAGCAAGGUGUGGACCGAAUUUAGCCCAUGGGCCACAGUUUUCCAUCCUUGCUCCACACCACCACUAGCUUGCAGUAUAGAGACAAUACUUGUGAACUGUGGCUGCGGGUGAUUGGCAUGCUUAUAAAAAAAUAGGUCACGAUGGGUCAUCCCUGGAUGAAGUCAAUGUUCCCAAACUGUGUGAGUUGUUACAUACAGCGGCAAAUUCACAUUCACAUCCUCAGGAUUCCAGGCAGGUGAUAGGAGCAGAGGGAAGGGUUUACCACUCCCCACAUUGUGCCCUAUGGGGCAGGCAGGUCAACAGAAGCCACAGUGAGCUCAGGGGUCUUCCAGGCUUAGAAGGCAGUCUCCUCCCUAUGACAUCUGUCCAACUCAGAGCAGCCACUGGACCAAGACUGCCCUUAAAUUUCUCCCAGGUCCUCAGAACUCAUCGAAGUGGAGAUCCCUAGAUACCUUUGAGGCUUCUUGGAGAGGCCCUGUGACCACAGUCCCCUGUGUUAGGGCAUUUGGAACCUCCUUGGAACUCAUUAUGAAAAGUGACAGGACACAGAGAGCAUCUUCCAGAAGAAAAAUGGGGAUAGAAUUUUCUCUCGUGUCUCCCUCCUCCUAUGUCUCCCUUCUUUUCAUAUUUCUCUGUUUUUUGUUAAAUUGAAAUCACUAAUGAAUGAAAUAGAAAUGGCUCCAAUAUUAGAAAAUUUACUUAGCACUCCCUGAGAAGUGCAAAAACCGUGUUUCCCUGAGCUAAUGCUGCAAUGGAGGAUCCCUCCCUUUCCUCUCUGGUCCUGAAGGGACACUGAGGAGCAGGGGGUUUCCAGAUGCAACUAAGACUCAGAUCAUGUGACUUAGUGCAGCAUCUGAGUAUUGAGAAAGGAGACUCCAAGGCUGGGCCGUGGGUAGGACAGUGGAGGCAGACAUAAUCUGUAAAGACCCGGAACUAUUGGCACCACAACCAAGCUGAGCCUGGAAAGAAAGGCCUGGGAGGUGCUGAAUGGCAGCCUCCCUUCCACACCCUUUCUCCACCUCGUGCUGUAUCUGCACCCCUUGCCCUUUCUACUUUAUGCUGAUUCCAUCUUAACCCCAUAAAUCAACCCUCCACUCCUGUCAGUUUUGCAGACAAUGAACGGUGUUUCAUUAGGCCCUUGUCUGUGGGGAACAUGCACCAUGCUGUGAAUAAAAGGAGAAGUUCCCAAAGCAACCACAGUAACUUUAUUCACGAGCCUGGGCCAGAAAAUGAGGCCAGCAAGGCAAGAGCAUCCUCAGGGCCCUGGUCCUCUCAGGACUUUGAGCCUCACCUUGGAUUUCUGCCUUUCUGUUCUUGGGUGAUCCUUCCCUCAUGAAGGGCACAGGCACACUGUGAGGCCACAUUUCAGGGGCGCUUUGGCUUGGAAUGGUUUCCGGAGUACUUCUAACCAACCUCUCACAACCUAGACACUUUUCCCAUGCGCUCAAAGUCAACCUUACUCUCCAUCAUCACCUUUUGGCCCUUGCUUUUGUUCUCUCUUUCUUGUGAACUUUCUCUAUUAGGAGGUCACCAGGCUCUUCAAGGCCUUGAUGAACCCAUAGAGUAAACUCAGUCCCCCCUUCCCGUUGAGCAAUGGCUAGGGGGAAGCACACCUCAGCUAGACUGUCCAUGGAAUGCUGCUUCCUCCAAGGCUCUGUUCCUUGUUCCUCUCCUACACGUUAUGCUGCAUGUUCCUGAACCUUAGGAUUCCCCUUCUUGCCUACCCUACCCUUGAAAUAGAGAAAUGUCUGCCCUGAAGACUCUUCUUCCACAUGAGUGUUCCAGUUCUUGCUGGUAGCUUCAGGAUUUGUAUCCUCAUGUUCAUUGCUCGGGUACAUUUUUGCUCAAUAAUGCAGUCUUGUAUGGCUUCACCAACAUCCGCCAGGGUCGUUAUGGUCCUAGAUGCUAGAAAUCCCAAUCAAGGUGUUAGUUGGCUGUGUCUUCUUCAGCUCAUGUUGACUUUGUCUCCUCACUAAUCAAAACUGAGCAUGUAGUAUCCUUCCUGGUCCCUGUGUCACACCGGAAGUGACAGCAGUUGUAAAAAGCAGAGGCACAGAGGACACUGACAGACGGCAGGUCAGUAAGCAGCUUUCGUGUCCAAAAGAGGCGCCCAAACCCAAGGUGACAAAUGCGGAGGCUAAGAGACAGUGCAGCAGCAGGUGCUUUUGAGAGAAAACAUGCCAGUACCCCUAGACUUACUAACAGUUUGCUUCUGUUUUAUUAGCGUAAACUCUUAUUGGAGAUUAAGUUGAAUUAAAAGGCAGCAUCCGUUGCUUGUUCUCACCUCCAUUUCUGGCGGCCAGCCUGGCUCCUGCCUUCCAGUGCUGAGCAUCACCACCCUCAUCCCUAACUUCAGGUGGGAGCAGGCCACCUGCUACAGCCAUCCCGCUCAGCGUUGAAAGCCCCAAUCAAAUUGCAUGCUCUCUUCAUCGGAAGUGAAAAAAAACAAGUCUUUAUUCGAUGACUCUAGUAAGUUACGAACAAAUAACAUCCUUCCAGUCAUUUCCAUAGCAGUUUAAUCCACAUGGCAAACUCUAAGAUUCUUUUACUCCUUCCUUGACUCUAACGAGUGAAUUUUUAGGUCUAUGGAGAUAGCUGAUCAAGUGUUUGCCUUGCAAAUCCUAAGAAUGAGUUCAAU